AUGAAAUUGAAUACCGGUCACACAAAAUCUCUAUAUAGUGUCUUCUUCAACUAUUUGAAUGACGCACGAAUGUGGGAAGGAGGUGUAAAUCAAAACAGAAAAACAAUCAGAGCGUCGGUAGUCGUCGUAAAGUUUUUUUUAAUAGCAACAUUAAGCGCUAUAAUAUUGAGGAAAGAAAAGAAAAGCAAUGAGCAGGUUGUUCUAGUUGAGACGCAUACAAUUUUAGCCAAGACCUUCAAAAAGCCAAGCAAGCAAUCCUUUUCACAUUCCAAUGCCACCGAUCAUACUUGUGAAGAGCAUAUUCUGAGUACAAAUUGGCUUCACGACUUGUAG